AUGGUGAGCCCGCCAACUUCCGAAGUGCAACCCACUAUGGGGGUCAAGAUCUUCUCAGCUGGCAUUUCAGCCUGCCUGGCGGAUAUCAUCACCUUCCCGCUGGACACCGCCAAAGUCCGUCUUCAGAUCCAAGGGGAAGGCCAGACUUCCAGUACCAUUAGGUAUAAAGGCGUCCUAGGGACCAUUACCACCCUGGCCAAAACAGAAGGAUUGCCGAAACUGUACAGCGGUCUGCCUGCAGGCAUCCAGAGGCAAAUCAGCUUCGCCUCCCUCAGGAUUGGCCUCUAUGAUACGGUCCAAGAGUACUUCUCUUCAGGGAGAGAAACCCCUGCCUCGUUGGGGAACAAGAUCGCAGCUGGCUUAAUGACUGGAGGUGUGGCAGUGUUCAUUGGGCAGCCUACAGAGGUCGUGAAGGUCAGAAUGCAAGCACAGAGCCAUCUGCACGGGAUCAAACCCCGCUACACUGGGACCUACAAUGCGUACAGAGUUAUAGCCACCACGGAAAGCUUGUCAACACUGUGGAAAGGGACGACCCCUAAUCUAAUGAGAAACGUCAUCAUCAAUUGUACAGAGCUGGUAACAUAUGACCUCAUGAAGGGGGCCCUUGUAAACCACCACAUACUGGCAGAUGACGUCCCCUGCCAUUUACUGUCAGCUCUUGUUGCCGGGUUCUGCACCACACUCCUAGCCUCUCCGGUGGAUGUGGUAAAAACAAGAUUCAUCAACUCUUUGCCAGGACAGUACCCAAGCGUACCCAGCUGUGCGAUGACCAUGUACACCAAGGAAGGACCGACGGCCUUUUUCAAAGGGUUUGUGCCUUCUUUUCUGCGACUCGGGUCCUGGAACGUCAUCAUGUUUGUGUGCUUCGAACAGCUGAAAAAGGAGCUGACGAAGUCCAGGCAGACAGUGGACUGCACCACAUAAGCGUCUUGGAGGACGAGAUGCUGGACAUCCCUGGGCUCCUAUGCUGGGAGACCACGAAUAAAA